CCAUCGCAUUCCAGACCAAGAAAGAUCACGCCUGAAUCUGCCAAUUCUCCGUUACCUUGAGCUUCGUUUCCGACGAACCCUCGUGCGAAUUCAGCGACAAAAGGCCUGCCAUGAACGCGCUAGCGGCCACCAGCCGCAACUUCCGGCAGGCGGCGAGGCUGCUCGGCCUGGACUCCAAGAUCGAGAAGAGCCUUCUGAUCCCUCUCCGCGAGAUCAAGGUUGAAUGCACCAUCCCUAAAGACGACGGCACCCUGGCGACGUUCGUUGGUUUCAGAGUGCAGCAUGACAAUGCGCGAGGCCCGAUGAAAGGCGGCAUCAGGUAUCACCCUGAGGUUGACCCAAAUGAAGUGAAUGCACUCGCUCAGCUGAUGACCUGGAAGACUGCUGUUGCAGCUGUGCCUUAUGGUGGAGCAAAGGGAGGAAUCGGGUGCUCUCCUGGUGAACUGAGUAGAAGUGAACUGGAGCGUUUAACGCGUGUGUUUACCCAGAAAAUCCAUGACCUCAUUGGGAUCAACACAGAUGUUCCAGCCCCUGACAUGGGAACAAAUGCACAGACCAUGGCAUGGAUGCUAGAUGAAUACUCAAAGUUCCAUGGCCACUCCCCAGCUGUUGUCACAGGAAAGCCAAUUGAUCUUGGAGGAUCCUUAGGAAGAGAUGCUGCGACAGGACGCGGUGCAAUGUAUGCUACUGAGAAUUUAUUGGCUGAAUACGGGGAGUCAAUUCCAGGAUCAACCUUUGUUAUCCAGGGUCUUGGAAAUGUUGGUUCUUGGGCUGCCAAACUCAUCCAUCAGAAAGGUGGCAAGGUAAUUGCAGUUGGAGAUGUAACAGGUGCACUCAGAAAUAAAUCCGGGAUAGACAUACCUGCUCUGAUGAAGCACAGGGAUGAGGGUGGAUCUUUGAAAGACUUCCACGGUGCAGAAGUUAUAGAUGUUGCGGAGUUGCUUGUGCAUGAAUGUGAUGUUCUCGUCCCGUGCGCCUUGGGUGGGGUUCUCAACAGAGAAAAUGCAGCUGAUGUGAAGGCCAGAAUCAUAAUUGAGGGGGCUAAUCAUCCCACUGACACAGAAGCUGAUGAGAUACUCGAUAAGAAGGGGGUCAUCGUCCUGCCAGACAUCUAUGCAAAUUCAGGCGGUGUGAUCGUCAGCUAUUUUGAGUGGGUUCAGAACAUUCAGGGCUUCAUGUGGGAUGAAGAGAAGGUGAACAUGGAGCUCCAAAGGUACAUGAAGAGUGCUUUCCAGCACAUCAAGGCUAUGUGCAAAUCCCAAAACUGCAACCUUAGGAUGGGGGCAUUCAGCUUGGGGGUUAACCGGGUUGCGAGGGCUACUCUGUUGAGGGGAUGGGAGGCAUGAGAAUCUUGAGCAGGCACCUCAGUUUGUUCAAUCAAUAGUACAGUUCAUCCAGCAAUAUAUUGGCACAAUUUACUAGUGUGUGUUUUCUUGUUGGUGGUCUAACUUAA